UUAGAACUCGUUUCACUUUCUUUCCGCGGGAGGCGCAAACUGCCCUAAUGACCAGUAGCACGCACGUCCUCCUCGAAUCGUUGACUAGCCAUAACGUGUCCGCUACAUCCCAUCACCGUCCACGGCGCCACCACGCUCCGUACUUGGAUGUCCUGACGGUGCAGUCCCGCCAGUACAUUAGCCACCAGUUCGAACGCGACGAUGUCGACAACGACCACACCAAGCUCCUCGUAGAACCCAUUCAUAUUCCAGACCUGAAGCAUACGGGCAUUGCUGUUCCAUUAAACACGCUCGGCCACAGCGCGUCGGCGCCGCUGUUCUACCCCAACGGAACCAAGAAUGUUCAUUUACGCCAGGUGAUCCAGGACUCGCUGGCACACGUGACGAGCACGCCAUCGCUCCAGGCGCCGGAGCUGCCCACACCCAACACGGCGACGGUCACCCUUCAGCCGAGCGUGUCUGAAUCGACCGCCAGUGGCAUGCACAUGCCGAGCAAGAUCCAGAGGAGCACCGAACAACUCAAACCAAAAAAGACUACCCGGUUGCACCGGUCUAUCCACGACCGACCCAACGACCGCGGAACCAAGGAGCUGUUGCACAGCGUACGCCACAACUCGACGAAAAUCACGGCGCUCGUGAACCCCCAUGCCACAUAAACUGUCCCUCAGCUAGCCAUGAACUCAACAUUCCACGGAUAUUGGGGACGCCCUUAUAUUGCACCUAGCUCGACCUAGGCAAAAUCGAUGAAGUGUCUUCUGCUGCCACCAAGAACCAUGGCACUAGUAGUCCAAUAUGUAGUAGGGAUACUAUUAGUAGUACAGUAUACGAUUAUUAAUAGUUGUGUAACUUUGGUCUCAUAUGCCAACCGAACCA